GGAAUGUCUAGACCGCGUGCCCGAGCCUGUAAGCUUGCAGCCUGCGCUUGCGGCCGCGCAGCCCAGCGGUGCCCAACGGCUUUCAACCGUAGCACGCGCGAAAACGCGCGCUUGCGAGCCACAUACAUUUUCUAGCUGCAGGGCAGCCAUGUAUAGCCUUUGCAUAUAAAUGUUGGCGCCUCAUUGUGGGCGCGGCCGCAUGAACGGAUCGUCGGACCAAAGCACCGGCGCGCGCCUGGUCCGUGGCCGCAUUGUGCUCGUCAAUUGCGCACAGGCGCGCGAUGAGAUCAGUGGCCUCGCUCGCGAUGAGCCGGCCGGGAGGCCCCAGGCCAAGUCCCCCGUAGCCCAAGCCGACAGGGAUAUUACCUGUGCCGGUGCUACGAAUCCAUAUACAAUUCUCUCUGCCUCCCAAGCUCCCGCACCUUCAGCCCUCUUACUGCUUUUUGCUCUUUCGCGGCCUAACACACUACCAGAAUCAACAUGGGUCAAGCAACUUCCGCUGUUCACGCCAAUUCUCGAAGCGCCGCUUCGGCGGCCCUUCUCGGCGCUCGCCGCUCGACGCCCAAGGGUGCGAUUAGCAACGAGUGCGUUUGUUGUGGCCAAUGGUGAGCAUGCAACCGGGGGGAAGCCCGCGGCUUCGGCGCCCAUCGAGAUCCAGCCGUCGUCGCCGUGGUCCAGCGCUUCCAACAAGAAGCCGCUGGCGCUCAGCCCGCGCGGCCAGCUGUUCUCUGACCGCUACGCCGAGCGGAUUGGCUCCAUCGAUGACGCGUUCGACGAGGACGUCCUGUUCAAGGUCGAUGACGUGGCUGCUUCCCCCUCAGUCGCGGAUGCUUGGAACGCGGUUCCCCCGACGCCCAACGCAUCUGGUCAGGACCUGGCAGCACCGGCGCAGCGUGCUUACUCGCGCGCGGUCUGCCUGUCGUUCGGCGGCAACGCCCCCGCCGCCAAGACGGCUCUGAAGGAGGAGGGUGGUCUGGAGCUCAAGGUGCAGCAACUGGUCGCUGACUUCAACUUGCCCGCUGUGGCGCAGCAGCUGCACACCGUGCUGCUGCUGGAGCAGCUGGCGUCGCACCUGCGGUCCGCCGGCCUGGCGGUCGAGGUGAUGUCGCCGCCGCGCCCCGACCAGCGCUCGCCGCUCACCACCCGCUCCAUCCGCGACCCCUUCCUGGUGGUCAGCGCCGAGUCGGUCUCCUCCGAUGUGGACGGUGCUCGGGACGCCUCGAAGGAGGUUGAGACCGUGAUUGUUGACCCCGCUCUGUUCGCGCACCUGGCCCUGGCGCCCGCCACGCCCGCCUACCUGCGCACCCUGCACUCCAUACUGCCCGGCCCCGUCGCCCCCGUCGUCGCCGAUGCCGACGUGACCGACGCCACGCCCCUCUUCACCGUGGUCGCCCGUACCCGCCUGGUUUCGCUGGUCAAGUCGCUGGCACCCGCCGUGUCGCUCAACUUCAGCAGCCACGGCAUGGAGGUGCCCCCCUGGCGCCGCACGCCCGCGCUGCUGCGCCGCUGGGAGCCGGCUGAGAAGCUGGAGCAGCGCCUGGCGCUGCGCGCUGACGUUGCCGCCGACUCCGGCAGCCUGUGGGGCAGCGCCGCCUCCUCCGAGGCCUCCUCCGCCCCCGCCAGCCCCAUCGUGCCCGUCUUCGGCUUCGCCGUCGUCGCUGAGACCGCGUCCGCCUGGGCCACGCCGGCCGCCGCCGAGGACGAGGCGUUUGGCCCCGCCGCGGCUGCUGCCACGCCCGCCAUGCUGGCCAACCUCUUCCGCCGCGUGUCGUCGGCCAACUCUGAGGCCUCCGCCAGCGACGCCGGCAGUGCGGCCUGCAGCGACGCCGGCCACGCCAGCGACAGCGACGAGGAGGAGGAUGAGGACGUCAUCUUUGGCCUUUCGCCCGUCAGCUUGUCGGGCCUGGUGGACGAGGCGGCGGCCGAGGCGGCGGAUGAGUGCGACUUUCAGGCGCUCAAGGCCUAAGGUGGUGAUGGGGUAGCGUAGGCGCGGAGUAGACCGGCGGGUGAAUGGUCUUGCGCUUGCUGCCGUUGCUGUUGGAAGAUUGACGGCAGCGCGGGCGAGGCGGCUGGGCUCCUGACGUUUGGCGGGGCGAACCGGGUGGCGGCGUGUUCCAGGCACGGCGAUGCGCAUGCUCGGCUUUCUUUCACAUGGCCAACAGUUUGAAGACACACAUUCUGACUUGUCUCUGCAUUCACGUUCGGUUAAUUGUUGGUUUCUCCUGAUUUUUUGGAAUGGCUACUGGAAGCAAGGAGUGGGAGCGGGAGUUGUUUGCCUACUGGAAGCGGAUUCCUCUCCAUUGAAUAGUGGCGUACCGAGUGUAUAACUUUUAGUACCCAAAAGAGAAGCUGCGUGUCGAGGCUAUGUGGAUGCCCCGGUUGAGGUAGAGAUAGGCAAGGGGCGCGUAGCCCCGAAAUGGCUCCCUGGUCCCUUUGGUAACUGCAUGUGGUAUUCACUGCCUCGCCCAUUGAUUUUGAGGGUCUGCUAUGCCAGACAUGGAACCACACGGGACCCAGUCUUUUUGCCUGAAGAGAGAGAUGCUGAUUCAUCCUUCGCCUCAAAAGAGGCAUGACCCUACAUAGUGUGUAACGCGUACAUAAC